AUGGAAGGGCCUAGAUUUGAAGAGCAAGGGAGCUGCCCUGGGACAUUCCUGGGCCCUGGACAAGAGAGCCCCCCAUCUCCAGUCCCCUCUGUGCAGCGCAGAAAUGGCAGCACCCUGAAUGUACCCUCGGACCCAGAGGAGCCGCUGGGGAUCCGCCUGGUGAACGGGACCAGUGGCUGCAGCGGAUCUGUGGAGGUUCUCCUGGGGGCGUCUUGGGAGCCUGCGUGUGCGGCGAACUGGAACAAGCUCGCCACCGACGCUGUGUGCGACGCGCUCAGCUGCGGCGAUUGGGGAAAGGUUAGCCACCUGAUGCCACCCACCUCUGAGCUGCCACCCGGGGCCAACCCCGGGAACACCAGCAGCUCUGGGAAUACAACGUGGGCUCCAGCACCAACCAUUCGAUGCAGCGAAGCCAACUGGCAACUCUGCAAGGUGGUGGACCAUGAGUGCGGCAGCGACAGGAGGCUGGUGUGGGUCACCUGCGCAGAGAACAAGGCUGUCCGGUUAGCGGAGGGUGGCAGCCGCUGUGCUGGCCGUGUGGAGAUGCUGGAGCACGGUGAAUGGGGAACAGUGUGCGAUGACUCGUGGGACCUGGAGGACGCACACGUGGUGUGUAAGCAACUGGGGUGUGGCUGGGCAGUGCAGGCGCUGGCCGGCUUGCACUUCACCCCAGGCCGAGGAGCCAUCCACCGUGACCAGGUGAACUGCUCCGGGACCGAGGCCUACCUGUGGGACUGCCCAGGGAUGCCUGGAGACCAGUACUGCGGUCACAAGGAGGACGCAGGAGUGGUGUGCGCAGAGCACCAGUCCUGGCGCCUGACUGGAGGCACUGACUCCUGCGAAGGGCAGGUGGAGGUUUACUUCCGAGGGGUCUGGAGCACCGUGUGUGACAGUGAGUGGUACCCGUCUGAGGCCAAAGUGCUCUGCCGGUCCUUGGGUUGUGGAUCAGAGGUGGAUCGACCCAGGGGGCUGCCACACUCCCUGGCAGGUAGAAUGUACUACUCCUGUAAAGGAGAGGAAUUCGCCCUCAGCAACUGUUCCUGGAGGUUCAACAACUCUAACUUGUGCAGCCAGUCACUGGCCGCGAGGGUCAUCUGCUCAGGCUCUCGGAGACAUCACAAUCUUUCUUCUUCUGAAGUGCCUUCCAGAAUUCCAACCACCAUAGAAUCUUCUGUGCCAGUGAGCACGAAGGAUGAAGACUCUCGAGAGCUGAUACUCCUCAUUUCCUGUAUUGUCCUGGGAACUCUCCUCUUCAUCUCCCUCAUCUUCAUAGCGACUCUUCUCUUGAGAGCCAAAGGACAAUAUGCCCUCCCUGCUUCAGUGACCCACCAGCAAGUGCCCAGUGCCAUCCAAGCAGGGAACAAUAACUACCAUGCUGUCCCCAUCACCAUUCCCAAAGAAGCUCCUACACUGUUCAUCCAGGCCCGGGUCCCUGAGGACUCGGACUCCAGUUCUGACUCCGACUAUGAGCAUUAUGACUUCAGCUCCCAGCCACCUGUCGCCCUGACCACCUUCUACAAUUCCCAGAGGCACCGUGUCACGGAGGAGGAGGCCCAGCAGAACAGGUUUCGAAUGCCACCCUUGGAGGAAGGACUUGAAGAGUUACAUGUUUCUCACAUCCCAGCUGCUGACCCCAGACCCUGUGUGGCAGACGUCCCCUCUCUGGGCUCUCAGUACCAUGUGAGGAGCAACAGUGGGUCCAGCACCUCCUCUGAGGAGGGUUACUGCAACGGUCCCAGCAGCCAGCCACCUCCGUGGAACUCCCAGGUGUUUUCUUCUGAGAGGAGUCCCCCCACAGAGCUGACCCCCAGCUUGGAACUGGCUGGCUCUCAGGCAAUGUUUUCAGGCACCUUAGCUGGUGACAGCUCCAGCACCUCAUCCGGAGAGUGGUACCAGAACUUCCAGUCACCAUCCCACCAUCCCCCAGUGGAGCAGUUUGAAUGUCCAGGGCCCCCCAAUCCCCAAGCAGACUCUACCGAUGAUGAUGAUGACGAGGAGGACUAUGAUGACAUUGGAGCAGCCUAGCCUGGGUCCCCGAGGCUCCUGGGUGACCCCGCUCUGUUCUCCUGCUCUACCACCCAUCAAUUUCUGAGAAGCUGAGUCCCCUAGCAGAGGUGGAAGGGUGGGCAUUCUCCCAGCCCCUCAU